GAAAAUGAAAGGAGUUUUCAUUGCAUAUUUUGUCGCACUGCUCAGCUGCGUGUGGCUACAAGCUAAUGGCGUGGCGGAGUCUCGAGAAAUAUCCGAGAUGAUCUAUCAAGGCGAUACCCCCUCCCAAGAUAUUAGCGACGCUAACCGUAUACCUGACCCCUCCUGUUACCAGGAGUCCUGCAGCUACGGCGAGGAUGGAUGUGAACAUAAAUACAAGCGCACAUGCGAGAUGGAAGAACCACGAUGUAUCGAGGGUCCGGCUGGAUAUAAAAAAGGCGAUCCAUCAAAGUCGUUUCCAGCAUGUUGUCCUAAGGUUAUUUGUAAUGACGCACCUCGUUUGUCCUGGACGAGACUAUAAUCGUCAGGUUCACAUAAAAUGUAGCACUAUCUUACUGUGAAGAUCAUGCCUAUUAACCAGCAGCGGUGUUUUUUUAAAUUUUCUAUCUAUAAGUGUACUUCCUUUCCCAGACUUGCUAGAUCAGCGAGAUUUAUGAAGA